AUGGUUGAUAAUGGCCAUGAAGGGGGGAAGAGCGGGAUGUGGAAAGACGGGAGGAUGGAUGAAGAGGGUGCUGAGGAGGUUCUGCAAGUUGAAGUAGAUGCACAGCAGUGUAUGCUUGAGAUCUUGGAUACUGCAGGAACGGAACAGUUCACAGCAAUGAGAGAUUUGUACAUGAAGAACGGCCAGGGCUUUGCGCUGGUUUACUCCAUCACAGCACAGUCAACGUUCAACGACUUACAAGAUCUGAGAGAGCAGAUCCUCCGGGUUAAAGACACCGAUGACGUUCCAAUGAUUCUGGUCGGGAAUAAAUGUGACUUGGAAGAUGAAAGAGUUGUAGGGAAGGAGCAAGGCCAGAACCUAGCAAGACAGUGGAACAACUGUGCAUUUUUAGAAUCCUCUGCAAAGUCAAAAAUAAACGUUAAUGAGAUCUUUUAUGACCUAGUGCGGCAAAUUAACAGGAAAACUCCAGUGCCUGGGAAGGCCCGCAAAAAGUCAUCGUGUCAGCUGCUUUAAUGUCCUGGGUGCAUUGUAGCUCUGAGCCAGGUCUGAAGAACUGUUGCCCAAUUCAACAGUGCCAGCAUUCCAACUUUGUUAAACCUACCAACAUCUUACAUGGACUUUCCUGUGGUGGUACCCUUAAGAGGCGGAUGAAAGCUACUUUAUCAGUUUGCACAUUCUAAUCACUUUCCAGUAUCCCGAGAGAUUUUUACUUCUAUAAUAGUUGUAGAGUAUGCAGCUGGUCCAACCAGAGGCUACAUCAUCCAGUAUUACUGCUAAGAGACAUUCUUCAUCCACCAAUGUUGUACAUGUAUGAAAACGGUGUACUGUAUACUUUAACACACCCAGACUUUGUAUUGGAGAGUACAAUAAUGUAAAUCCUAAAAGCACCACUAUUUUAGCAUAAUAAAAGAAAGUCCAAAGAGCUCCUAUAUAGACUACUCCAGAUAACUUCGCUUCUUUGAUACUUGUAGCUUAUUGUAAUUUUUUUUUAAAUUCAAGGUCAUUAUCAUUGUAUUAUACAAAAUAAGCGCUUUGAUUAACACAGCUAUAUAGUUUUUUUAAUUUUUCAAAAACCUGUGGAGACAGUGAUCUUGUCUUUAAAAAUAUGAUAGUCCUUUCAGUAUAAUGUCUUAGAUUAAAGACGUUGCCUUUAAUAUCUGUUGGGAAGGAAAUGUCCAGGCUUUUCAAAUCUCCUUAUUAUAUGUUUCCUUUUUUUGUUUACAUAGGGAACAAUGUUUAUAGUUGUGUGUACAGUGGGGGUCUACAACAAGAAGUGUAUAUUUUCAAACAAUUUUUUAAUGAUUUAACAGUUUUUGUAAAUCAUUUCCAGGCUUCUGCAGCUGUAGAUUCUCACUGUGACUCCCUUGCUUGCUCAUGCAUACAUACGUGUGUCUGCAAUACCAAAUAUACAGGUUUAGUAUCUUUGCCUGUUAGUGAUUGUUUCACAUGGGUAACGUUUUGGUUGAGCUGUUAACUGGUGGACGAGUACUGUGGAUGUGAAUGUGGGAAGUAAUUUUAAUCAUGUGUAAUUGGUCACAAGGCCGAAUUGCAGUAACUAUUGCGGUUUUAUUUAACAAUGCCUUGUUGCUUUGUAUGCAUUAACGUUUGGGUGUAAAGAUUGUGUGUCCAUCCAACAGGGAGCCACAGUAUUGAAAUUGACCAACCUGAUGUUACAACGACUUUGAGGUGGCCAAAUGUAAACUAAAAGCCUUAAUUAAAGUGGUGCAAUUUUGUAUAACUUAGCAUCCGUAGUUCAAUAAAUUGGAUUGCCGUGCAAGGGCUUGCAGUAUAAUUACUUGCCACUUGAAUGUGUUUUGUGUAAUGUUUUAACAGUGCUAGUAAAUAAAUAUGGGUUUACCUUUUUAAA